CAUGUUAAUCUUGACCCAAUUAAAUCCCUUUCCUAAUCGUACGCGUGGCCAAGAAUGAAGAAUCCAUGUGCAAGAGAAAUCAGCUGAAUGCUCUCUGCUCUAAUCAUUCACUCUUUCUACUCAACCACUCCCUCCAUUCAUCCUCUGUCUCUUGCCAAGUUCCUCUUUUUAAUCCCUUUUCCACAAGCUUAUUAUGCUUAUGUUUUCUGCCUUCAUAUUGUAAUCACUAAUCAGUAGGUGAACGUUUGGCCGAUAUACUUGAUGCCACACGAUGUUGAUGCUUUCGAAUCCGAGCUUCUUGUUUUUUGGCUUUUCCACUAGACCUGCUCCAAUGAUAUCUGAUUCUUUGGUUCUGUGAUGUAAGCUUCAUCUUGUAAAGCAAAGCUUCUGACUUGUUUAAUGUUUGGCUGAUAAACCCUGAUUAUCUAGAGCCGGACUUUUGGUCGUUAUACAUGAUGCUACAAGAUGUUGAGGACUCGUUUUCUUGCUAAACACGACGCUGCACCUUAAAUGUUAUCUUUGUUUUUCAAAUUCAUCAAUUUGAACUCUGUGAUUUCAAGCCCUGCUGCUGUCCAUUUCGCUCGUUGAUCAACCUUUACUACCCCGUUGAGACUUAAAUGUCAGUUAGAUAGUUCCAAGAACAUUUAUGCAGUUGGAGAACACUGAGAAUUGGCUCAAUUCUUUGAUGGUUACUUAAUUAGUUUAGUUGUAGCUUUUGAUUAGAUACAUUGUGUUGUUUUCCGCAGUUUGCUAAAAUACGAAGACUCAUUAUUGCUCUUUCCGUUGGUUGGUUGAGAAAUUUUCGAUUCGUGCAGUUAAGUAUUGGAGCAAUAUCCUGCUAUGGAUUUCAAAGGUGUAGCUUGGGCAGGAGACAUAUAUGAGAAGUUCGAGGCGAUGUGUUUGGAGGUCGAAGAGAUCAUGUACGAGGAUACCGUCAAGUACGUUGAAAACCAGGCACAGAAAGUUGGUGUGAGUGUAAAGAAGUUGUACGAAGAAGUAAUGCAAGAUUUGCUUCUUCCGUCUCGUCUAGGCCCUGUGCCACCACCAGAAACUGAUAUCAACGAGAAGCCUAACCCGGCCAUAUCAGAGAUCAACAACAAACAGGCUGUAGUCGAAGAAAAUAUUUGCAAUUCAACACCUCAAGACUCGACCCCAAAUGUUCGUGUCGAUGAUGCAAAGGGUCUCUCUCCCACGCCACAUAGAGUUUUGGUCGAAACUACUCAAUCUGAAGAAUGUUGUGGAGAGAGUAGGAGAGCUGGUCCGACCAGACGCCCUAUCGGCAUAAAAAGGAUUUCUCAGCCUCCAGAAGCACCUCGUCCCGUGUCUUCUUUGUGUGAAACACAAAGCAACUACUUUGUGGUCAAUGAUGACUUGGUAACAGCAUCACCGGAGCUGUUUGCUCGACAGGAUCCCAGCAAAGCAGCGGCCAAAAGUCGACCUAUUUCUGAUGCUUCACCCGAGCCCUGCAACUCUAACCAAAUCCUUUCAGCCGAAUCUGUAAAGUUAGACGAUGGUGCUACCCCUGCGCCUAUUGAUAUGUUCAGGGAAGACGGCUCACUUUCUCGUACCAAUUCAAACAUUACAGAAACAUGCCAUGUUGGAUCAGCGGGCGAGGAAGCCACUGCAUCUUAUGAAGAUAAUUUCGAUAUUGAGGUAAUCGAUCCUACUGAAAAGUCGAGGUUGGAUGAAAGCUGCGUCUUGGUGGAAGGGAACGAUGAUGAACUCCAUUUCGUCUCUCGAGGGUCGAAGAAACACAAGUCGUACAAGAAAAAGAUCUACAACGUGCUUUCAUCGAAGUUGAGGUCGACAAAGAAGCGAGACCUAUGCGUUUCCGGGCAUGAAGAUUUGAGCGACUGCGUUUCCGGGCAUGAAGAUUUGAGCGACAAUAACGAAGCAGGGGUGAAGAGCUCAGCUCUUGUAAUGGACAGCAACGAAAGAAAACUGGCUGCUGAAAGUUCUAGUGACUUUGGUUGGGAGCUUCUUUAGGUAUGUUUCCGAGCUGCAUCAAAUCCGAUACUGCUUCCGACCUCCUCUGGGAAUGGCGCAGACGAUCGGUGUCACUGGCUCGCGGCUAAGAUAAUGUUCAGUAGAGUUGAAUGCAUUGCAAAAAUAUGGCUUGCUUAUUAUAAAGAUCAAAACAUUCAAGAAUUUAAAAUUUGAUAUAUUUGAUAAAUGAAAACAGUGUCUUUUGCAUAGCAA